AUGUCCCUCGACGGCAGCUUCUCCGCGGCCGCGGCCCUCGCGCGGCUGCUGGUCCGCUACCCCGCGCUCCGCUCCGACCCGCGCCUCGACGCGCUCGCCUCGUCCACCGCCGCCGCGCCCCCCGCCCGCGACGACGUCGCCGCCGCGCUCGCCGAGCCGCUGCUCCACCCGCGCUACACCGUCCCCGUGCUCGGGUGCUUCCUCCCUCUCGCGCCGGCUCUCGUCGACCGCGCCGUCGUGCUGCUCCGCGCCGUGGGACCGCACGCGCUCCGCGCCGAUGACGCCGCCCGCAUGGAGGAGGAGGCCGGGGAGGGGGACGUCCGCGUCGUCGAGUUCUACCUCUCCAGGGGCAGGGGUAUGCGGCUUCACGAGCUCGCUUGCCUCGCGCUAACGCGCGCUCUCGAUAUUGCCCCCUACUUGCUCAGAUCUGUGUUGAGCUAUUUCAAGUUUUCUCCACCACCAUUCCAAAGGCUUCUAUCUGCAAGUUUCCCGUCGCAAAUUUCUUCCAAGGAACUACAUUUAUUUCUUGACGCCACACGAGUAUCAUAUCGGUUUCUACAACUGGAGCCCAGAGUAUUUUGUGAACAAUGGGACUGGUCUUGCUUUUUAGACCUUGUAUAUAGUACUGCUGAUUAUAGUUUAGUUGACAACUCACCCGAUAGUGUUGGAUCGGACUUGAGAUGGUGCACAAUACAAAUUCUUAUGGUAGUUCUGAAAGCAAGUGAUAUGGCCAUUGAAAGUUUUGGUUUGGGAGCUGAUGAAGCAUUUAAAUGUUUCCUGAGAUGGAAAGAGUUCUGCAUUGAUACUUCCUUAGAGAAAGCCUCUUUGUACCUUCAAAAUGGAGAUGGGAAUUCAAAAAGUACUGUGGAUGGGCUUACUACUUUGGCUGAUUGUUUGUCAGAUUGGCCAGAGAUUGCAACAGGCAGUGAUCGUAGCAUUGGGAUUUAUGAAUGCCCAUUUGUGCUUACUGCCACUUUAAGAAAGAGUUAUGAGGUAGCUUUGAUGGCAGUUAGCCAGAAGUGGCCUGUACUUCUCUAUGGUCCUGUUGGUGCUGGGAAAACUGCACUCAUUAAUAAGCUGGCCCGGAUAGGUGGAAAUCGAGUACUUUUUAUCCACAUGGAUGAGCAAAUGGAUGGUAGGACCUUAAUAGGAAGUUAUGUUUGCACAGAGAAACCUGGUGAAUUCAAAUGGUCUCCUGGUUCGUUUACACAGGCCAUUGCCAAAGGGUUUUGGAUUGUGUUUGAAGACAUAGACAAGGCACCCAGUGAUGUGCAAUCAAUCUUACUACCUUUGCUGGAAGGUUCGAGUGCCUUUUCAGUUGGUCAUGCAGAGGCUGUGGAAGUUGCUGAGAGCUUCCGUUUAUUUGCUACAAUCACGACUUCAAAUAGUGAUGUUUCUCAUGCCCUGGAAGGGAGACUCGCGUUUAGUGCGUUGUGGAGAAAAGUGAUGGUGGGAGAACCUAAUCGGAGUGACAUGGUUAAUAUAAUUAAAGGGUGCUACCCAAGCUUGGAGCCCAUUUCCUCCAAGCUCAUUGAUACCUUUGAAAAGGUUAACUCUCUGGGAUCUCAUCAGUUUGGUGGACCCAACAUAGCUGGAGGUUUAUCUGAUGGUGUUCUGCACAGAUUUUCUUUAAGGGAUAUGCUCAAAUGGUGCAAGAGAAUAUUAGGGGUAGAUCUCAAUUUUGAGGGACUGGGAUUUGCAUCCAGUUGUUUCAAAUUAAUUUAUCAUGAGGCUGUUGAUAUUUUUGCUGGCUUCUUAUCGUCUCCGGAGAAAAGGUUCCAUGUAGCAGGAGAAAUUGCUAGAAUAUUAGGUGUUCCUUACCAAGGAGAAACUCUACAACGCACUGACAAGCCUAUUAUCCAGGCUCGACGUACUGAACUGCAAGUUGGUAGAGUUAUAUUGCAGUGCAGCGACAAACCAGCAUUGAUCCAGAAGGGGCCUUUCGCUGAUAUUCGGCGUGCAUUAGAAGUUCUUGAGAGGGUUGCAUGUUCAAUAAAGUUCAAUGAGCCUGUCCUUCUUGUUGGUGAAACUGGUACCGGGAAGACUACUAUUGUUCAGAAUCUUGCUGCCUGGCUUAAACGACCCCUGACUGUGGUGAACUUAAGCCAGCAAAGUGAUAUUUCUGAUCUCCUUGGGGGAUUCAAGCCGACAGAUGCUCGGUCAAUAUGCUUUCCUCUUUACAUAGAGUUCAAGGAUCUAUUUUGUCGAAGUUUUCCUGCAAAGGAUAAUGAAGCUAUUCUACGCCAUUGUGAUGUGUGUGUAAUGGAAAAGAAUUGGAAAAAACUAUUGCACACUUUGGCAAAAUGUGUUGAGAAGGCCCAGAAGCUAAUUGAAGGGAUUUCUAAACCUUCAAGUGGUUCAAAGAGAAAAAGGGCUUUGCCAGCUCAGGUCGUUUCUGAUUGGGACACCUUUUCUUCCAGGUUGAAUGUGGCUUGCCGACAAAUCGGAUCUUCAACUGGCAUGUCAUUUCAGUUUGUGGAGGGUGCUUUUGUUUCAGCUUUAAGGAAUGGCAAUUGGAUUUUGCUCGAUGAGGUCAACCUUGCACCUCCAGAGACACUUCAAAGAAUUGGUGCUGUGCUGGAUGGAGAGAAGGGGACACUUUGCCUGGCUGAAAGGGGUGAUAUUGAUUAUGUUGAACGUCAUCCUUGCUUCCGGAUGUUUGCCUGCAUGAAUCCAGCAACUGACGCUGGAAAAAGAGACCUACCAUACACUUUUAGGAGCCGCUUUACAGAGUACUUUGUUGAUGAUCUUAUGGAUGAUGAUGAUCUACGUCUUUUUAUCAAUAAAUAUCUGGAUGGCCUGAAUGCUGCGAAUGGAAUCACAGAUGGUAUUGUUCGGUUUUAUAAAGCGGCAAAAAAGGAAUCUGAGGAGAGACUGCAGGAUGGAGCUAAUCAGAAGCCUCAAUUCAGUCUGAGAUCUCUCUCUCGUGCGCUAGGUUACAUAAAAAGUGCCGAGAAAAGAUUUGGUUUCAGGAAAGCCCUUUAUGAUGGCUUCUGCAUGUUCUUUCUUACAAUGUUGGAUGCCCCUAGUGCAAAAAUCAUUAAGACCUUACUACUUUCACUAUUGUUAGAUGGGAAAAUGCCACCUAGCAUUUCUUUUGCCGACUACUUCAUUGAAAAGCCAGUGCAGAUAGAUAGUUGUGAAUCGGAGGAAUUUUUACGGAGCUAUGUUUUAACCAACAGUGUCACUGAGCACAUAGUCAACCUUGCCCGAGCUGUUUAUAUUAAAAGGUAUCCUGUUCUUCUACAAGGGCCAACAUCAAGUGGCAAAACUAGCCUUGUGAGGUAUCUUGCUGCAAAAACUGGCCAUGAAUUUGUCCGAAUCAACAACCAUGAGCAUACGGAUCUUCAAGAAUAUCUGGGUACUUAUGUCACUGACCGUCAAGGGAAGCUUCAGUUCCAAGAGGGUGCUUUGGUGAAGGCUGUGCGUGAGGGGCACUGGAUUGUGUUGGAUGAGCUAAAUCUUGCACCAUCUGAUGUCCUGGAAGCUUUAAAUCGGCUGUUAGAUGACAACAGGGAGCUCUUUGUGCCAGAGCUCCAAGAGACAAUACCUGCGCAUCCUAAUUUUAUGCUUUUUGCUACACAAAAUCCACCUAUGCUCUAUGGAGGGCGUAAAAUGCUGUCUCGUGCAUUCCGCAAUCGUUUCAUCGAAUUGCAUGUUGAUGAAAUACCAGAAGAUGAGCUAGUCACAAUCUUGGAGCAGCGGUGUAGAAUUGCUCCCAGUUACGCCAAAAAAAUGGUUGAAGUUAUGAAGGAUUUGCAAACACAUAGACAAAACAGUAGAGUGUUUGCUGGCAAACAUGGUUUCAUUACGCCUAGAGAUCUAUUUCGCUGGGCCAAUCGGUACAGAACAUUUGAAGGGAAGUCAUACGAAGAUCUUGCAAAAGAUGGUUAUUUACUUCUGGCAGAGAGGUUAAGGGAUGACAGUGAGAAAGCUGUUGUUCAAGAAGCUUUGGAGCGUCACCUACGUGUAAAACUCAACAUAGCUGAUCUAUAUAACUCGGAAGUCACCCGCGAAGAUAACUUAUCUCUUGAUGCUAUCAGACUGAGAGUACAAGAAUGCUUUGGAAAUAUCACUUGGACAAAAAGUAUGUGGAGGCUAUACUUCCUUAUUGAGCGUUGCUACAGAUCGCGUGAACCUGUCCUCCUUGUUGGUGAGACUGGUGGUGGGAAAACAACUGUUUGCCAGGUCCUAAGUGCAGUUCUUGGAUCGAGGUUACACAUAUUGAACUGCCAUCAGUAUACUGAAACAUCAGACUUCAUUGGGGGAUUUUGUCCUAUACGUGAUAGGUCAAGAAUAGCACUUGAGUUCAAAGAUCUUGUUGCAAAAAUCAAACAGAUGAAAAUAUUUGUUUAUGUUGCAGGGGAUAUGCCACUUGAAACUGACAUAUCUGGAGCUGAUAGUGUCAUGAGUCAUCUGAAUGAAAUACUUAACAGAUAUAGAAAGGAAAAAGAUCUGUUCCCUGAGGUGUCACCUCAAGAACUUGACACUAUGGAGCAAAUUAAGUUGGAUCUGAUGCAUCUUAGAAAGAGGUGGCAGGCAAUUUUUAUUUGGCAGGAUGGGCCUCUUGUUCAAGCAAUGAAGAAUGGUGAUCUUUUCCUUAUUGAUGAAAUUUCUUUAGCUGAUGACAGUGUGCUUGAACGCUUGAACAGUGUUCUAGAACCUGAAAGAAAAUUGUCACUAGCCGAAAAAGGUGGUUCAGAGCUAGAGAAGAUUUCAGCACAUCCAAACUUCUUCAUCCUUGCAACAAUGAACCCAGGUGGUGACUAUGGAAAGAAAGAGCUAUCUCCUGCUUUGAGAAAUCGAUUCACUGAGUUGUGGGUUCCUGCUGUUACUGAUCUUGAUGAACUUAAGAACAUUACUUUUGCGAAGUUCACCAAAGCCGAGCUAUUUUGCUUUGGAGAUUGCAUUGUUAACUUCUGGAAGUGGUUCAACCAAUUGGACAUCGGAAGAACACUCACUAUACGGGACCUGCUGUCCUGGAUUUCAUUUAUAAAUGUGACCGAGCAAAAUCUUGGGCCGCAACAAGCGUUGAUACAUGGCCUGUUUCUUAUUUUACUUGAUGGGCUUUCAUUAGGUGUGAAUGUUUCUAAAUCUGAGGCUACUGAUUUGAGAAGUACUUGCUUGUCUUUCCUCCUGGAAGAGCUACAGAAGAUUGAGGGGAAGGCUGUAGACUCGCACCUAAAUGAUCUAAACAAUUAUGGCUGGGGUGACAAUAUGAGAAAAGCAGAUACAGAUCAUGAUUAUUUGGAAGGUCAUUUCGGCAUUUCACCAUUUUAUAUUCCUAAAGGUCAGUUUGCUUGUAAGCAACAAGGCUUUGAAAUAAUGGCGCCCACCACCAGUAAGAAUGUUUUGCGAGUUUUACGUGGCAUGCAAUUACCUAAACCUCUUCUUCUGGAAGGUAGUCCUGGAGUUGGAAAGACAAGCUUAAUUGUUGCACUAGCUGGACUUUCAGGCCAUGAUGUUGUGCGGAUAAAUCUAUCUGAGCAAACAGACAUGAUGGAUCUUUUAGGUUCAGACCUGCCAGCUGAAGGGGGGAAUGGAAUGGAAUUUUCGUGGUCUGAUGGUAUUCUUCUUCAGGCUUUAAAGAAUGGAAGUUGGGUUCUGUUGGAUGAGCUCAAUCUCGCCCCGCAAUCCGUCCUAGAGGGUCUCAAUGCCAUUUUAGACCACCGUGCUGAGGUUUUUAUACCUGAGCUUGGUCGAACCUAUAAAUGCCCACCGUCCUUUCGUAUCUUUGCAUGCCAGAAUCCUUCAUCGCAAGGUGGUGGCAGGAAAGGUCUUCCCAAGUCCUUUCUCAACCGGUUUACCAAAGUUUAUGUUGAUGAGUUAUCGGAGGAAGAUUAUUUGUUCAUUUGUAAAUCACGAUACCAUCCAUUAAUAUCUGAAAGUUUCCUCCGAAAUCUUAUUCGCUUUAAUAACAGACUGCACAUGGAUACCAUGGUACAUAGGAAGUAUGGCCAACAAGGUUCUCCUUGGGAAUUUAAUCUUCGUGAUAUUAUCAGGUCAUGUGAGAUAGUAGCAGGUUGUCCAGAUACUUUGAAGGAUGACUGCUUUCUAAAUACUGUUUAUCUGCAACGAAUGCGAACAGUAGAUGAUCGCCACAAAGUUGUUGAGCUUUUUGAAGAGGUCUUUGAGAAAAAGCCAAGCAUUCACCAAUCAAAAAUGCUAUAUGUCAAUCCACAUUGCUUGACUGUUGGAAAUGCCUCAAUUAGAAGAAAUAACUUCCAAUCAUAUAAAAUGCAAAAUAAUCAACUUAACAUAUUUCCUGGUAUCCUUAAUAGCCUUGAAGCUGCAAUGCACUGCAUCCAUCAAGGCUGGUUGUGCAUUCUUAUUGGACAAAAUUCAUCUGGGAAAACAUCAUUAAUCCGCUUGCUGGCUCAGUUGUCUGGAAAUACGUUAAAUGAGUUGAAUCUGUCUUCUGCAACUGAUGUGUCAGAAUUGCUCGGAUGCUUUGAGCAGUAUAACUUCUUUAGGCACUACAAAGCAGUUGUAUCACAGGUUGAACAUUAUGUUGAUGUGUAUUUCAGCUUGAGUAUGGAUUUAAACUGGAAGAAUCUUGUUGUGGAAAGGAAGGAUUUGUUUGCAAAAUGGUUUGAAUUUGUGGCUGAAAAAAGGUACUCUUCAGUUCGUACAUCAGCAUUUAUUGAAAUGAAGGGGAACACAUCUUUACCAUCAUUAAGUUUGGUUGCUGAAAUUGUCGAGCAAAUAAAGAGUGAUCUGGAAAUGUUUGACUUGCCUAUAUCAUUGACUAAGGAUGAUCUGUGUAAAACACUGAAAUCCAUCGACAACUUGCAGCAGAAUGGAACUGCACACCAACCAGUUAAAUUUGAAUGGGUUGCCGGAGAUUUGAUUAGGGCCAUUGAAUCUGGUGAAUGGAUUGUUUUGGACAAUGCAAAUUUCUGUAAUCCUACUGUACUUGAUAGGAUAAACUCUUUGGUUGAACAAGAAAGGUCCAUUGUAGUUAAUGAAUGUGGUCUUGUUGAUGGUAAUCCUGUUGUUAUCAAGGCACACCCUAAGUUCCGAAUGUUUUUGACAGUCAAUGCAAACUAUGGUGAAGUUUCAAGAGCCAUGCGAAACAGAGGAGUUGAGAUCUUUCUGAUGGACCAAAGUUGGGAUUUGAAGGGAUGCAGCAGUGCGCCUGGGAAUAUCGAAAAGAAGGAUGUGAUAAGGUUUUUAAUUUCUUCUGGAAUACCAAGAAUGGAACUGAUAUCGUCAAUGAGUAAAGCACACAUGUAUGCAAAAGUUGAAGGUUUACGUGUUGGUAUAAAUAUUACCCUUCUUGAGAUCACACGAUGGGUACAAUUGUUUCAACAACUUAUCAUUAAAGGAAAUCAGUUCCUUUGGAGCCUGCAUUUGAGUUGGGAACACACAUAUCUGCCAUCUUUGGGUGAAGUUAAUGGAUCUAAAAUUGUUGAGGAGGGAAAACUUAUGUUUUUGACUGAAUUUGACGGAUCUGAAAUUGUGGAUGAGAGAAAAUUUAAGUUUUUGACAGAUUUUGAUGGUUAUUCUACUAGUUUGAAUUCUGGAUUUUCAUUGAUGUUGCCUGGUGGUUGGCCUAUUGAGCAAAAACUAAGGGACUUCAUCUGGUAUUCGAAAGAAACUUGUGUCAAGAGAAAUUGUAUGUAUUUACAGUCCUUGAGUGCUCACUAUGCUGCAUAUCAGAUUAGCCAUUUUAAAGAGAUCCCUGUUAGUAACAUGCACCCGUCCAUUAUUCCUACCACAAGCUUAUGGGAAUUGCAGUUCCCUACAGUUUCUGGUCAGAGCGUCAAAACUCAUAUAACUGGGGCAUUUGAUUCAGAUUUAGCUGAUCAAAUGCUUUUCUUUGCUGCAAACUGGGUAAUGGAGCAAUCAACUGAAAAUGAUCAUGAACUGUAUGCCAAAUGGUUUGAAUGGUAUCAUCGCCUGGUCCAGCCUUAUUGCAACUUCUUUGAGCACUAUGCCUACAUUCUCAAGCAAGAAAGUGAGCAUCCUAUUUGGCAUAGCAUCCUAGAAUGUUACAGGGUAAUAGUUGGCUAUCACAAGACUAAUAUUGUCACCCAGCCUAUUCCAUUGCUUUCGAAGAAGUUGCUAGAUAUGGCGGGUUGUGAAGCCCUUAAAGCUUACCAGGACCGGCUUUGCAAUUCUUUUAAUGGUUUGAGGUUGCUGCGACUUACGUUGCAGCAAUGGCAAUUUGAGACAAAAUUUCAUGAUCUUGCUGGGCUGAAAUCUACUUUUUUACCAGCAUUGGAGUCCCUCAGAUGCUUAGAGGGCGAGUUACUUAAGAUGAUUGUGAAAUCUCAGGAGGUGCUACACAUAUACUCUCGCAUUCUUGAUUAUCACAGGUCGAUAUGGAAGAUGAUGAUUUCAUCUCAGUUUGAGGGGCUACCAGUAGUUUGGAAUCUUUUAAGGAAAGAAAUAAUGAAGUUGCAACUAAAGUUCCCUGUAGAGGUCGGCGUCUUUUUGAUGGAAAGUAUGAAUCUAAACAAUCGCCAUGAUUUCAACUUUCAAUAUGGAAAACCAACUUUGUGGAUCAAUGGUGGCCAUCCUCUUGUGCCAUCAUCUAGCAUGGUAUUUGACAAAAUUCAAUCAAUUGUGGCCUUCUCCGCAGCUGUGUGGCCAAAGAAGAAUAUUUUGAAUAUACACCUCGAUGAUAAACAGCAGUUGACUGAUGCAAUGCUGUCAGCCAAUCAGGAUCUUAGAUGCCUUGCAAUGGAAGGUCUCUCUAUGGCUAUUGUUGCAACUAAAACUGAGGAAGAUGUGUCAGCUAUUGUUGAUCGAUUGGAUGACGUUCACCAGAGGCUUUGUAGGAAGGUUGAUUUUGAGAGGAGCAAGUUAUCGUCCAAAACUUCAGUCUCUGAAGUAAAAUCCUGUUGCUCUGUGUCCUCUGACAUUUUAUGUAAUAUUUAUGGUUUCACCGCCUGGUUAGAGAGUCUUCCUUUGCUCAACUUGAAGAGCAUAAACUUGGAUGCUCUAUUACUUAAACGGUUAUCCAAGUGUGCACAAAAAGAUCCUUCUGAAGCUCACAAGAUCAUUGUGAAUUCGGAGUACCUGCUGAAUUAUGCUAAGAAUUAUUCACUGGAGUCAUCUUCAAGAUCUCCGCUGGAGUAUACUCAACAUCAGAUGAUUUGGUGGAUUCGUGAUGCCUGGGCUACAGUUGAUAAUGUGCACAUAGAAAUUGCCAAUUCUAUUCUUGAAAUGUGGUACAACUAUCACUCGUCUUUGUGGACUUAUUGCUCAGGAAGCCCAAAGAUUCUCUCCAUCACACAAGAUGAAACCUGUGACCUGGCACACUUGACAAAAACAGAUGCCAUUGAUGCUAUUAUCCAAAAGGAUUUACGUGUGGUGGAUUACCAGAAGAAUUGUUUAAUGCUUAGAAUUUCAUCUGGAAACCUCUGGGAAGGUGUCUCGUGUGUGGGGACCUUCGUUGCUAGUCUCCACUCUGUUGCUGAUUCUCUCUUCAAGCAGAUUAUAUUUGCCCACAAGAAUCAUUUCAAGGAGGAGGAUUUCCACCGCUUACAGGCCAUCCUCUUUCAACAAACAAAAAAUUAUAUAGAGAAAGAAGAUCUUGGCACAAUUUGUGCUCUGUUAUCAUCUUCUAGUCAUGGAGUGUUGGCUUCACUUGCAGGAUCUGAUGAACUUGUAGAGUCAUUGCUUAUGGAUCUGUAUUCAUCAUACUCCCGUGGCUCUUUAUUGCAUACUGGGGCUGCCUGGAUGUGUAUUGGAAUGUUGCGCUUCCGGUUAUUGUUGAGUUCAUACAGUCCAGAUCCUGCAUUUGAAUCUUCAUACAUUCAUUCACAUAUCCUUGAAAAAAUUUCUCUUGUGAAGCUUGAGGGGAAGGUUCGUCAUGAUUGUGAGGAAUUGGCUGGCUCUAGCUGCCCUGAAGAUAAUCAUGAUUAUAAGUUAUUGCAAGAACUGGAAACUGAAGAGAAAGGCAUUCGAGCAAAGGUUGUAUUUCGACCACAACAAUCUAAGCACAAGAGUCUCGUUGCUGCAUGCGCUGAGUUUGAGAACCGGCUGUCCGAUUGCAAGGAUUUAUUAGCAAACUUAAACUGCAAUGGAGCCGGGCAACUAGAGGUUGACAGAGUUUGCAAUUGGCAGAUAACAUCCAUGAACUUUAUCAAGAGGUUGACAGAAGAGUAUGGGGACUAUACUGAUUUGAUUCAACCAAUUCAAGUUGCUGUGUAUGAAAUGAAGCUUGGCUUAGCAUUGGCUCUAUCUGCUUCUCUUCAGAGAGAGUUUUUGGAGAAGAUUAAAGAACAUGAUAUUGAAAGAGUUCUGGGCACAAUUUGUACUUUUAUGCAGUUUCCCUCAGGAAUAACUGAAAGGGUCGUAACUGACAUGACAGAUCUUACGGAUUAUGCAGUUGGUGUUAAACUGAGAACCCAAAUCAGUUCUGGCGAUGUUGAUGUAUUGAAAAAGCUUGCUGCUGUGUCAAGUCAGUUGAAUGUUGGUAAAGUGGGAGACAAAGUGAAGUCCCACUUUGAGAUGCUAGUUUCAAUACAUCAUAUAUUUCUAGUAAGAACAGCAUAUCGUGUCAGUUGUUCCCUUAUCAUGGAUACAUCAUCUUUUCUGUCUUUGAAGGACACCUUUGAUCAUUUUACAAGCACGUGGAUCGACAUGAAAUCGCAUUUGAAGGCUAAAGAAAAUAAUGAUUCUCAGUAUUAUAAGUUCAAAUCACGGCCGAUCAAUAUAGAAGACAUUUUUAAAGAAGAUGUGCCAUUACUUUCAGAUAUGGAUAGUGAAGACAAUAUUGUACAGGACAAUGAAGAAAAAAUAGAGGAGUUUUUUAAAAUCACGGAGAGAAUCAACGGGGAUAAUGGUGUCGUUGAAGACAGUUGGGAUGCCAUACCAGAGUCUGUUCUGAAAUGUAUUGUAAUGACACAUAACCAAUUGUUUGGUUCUCUGGAUCUUUUUGAGAAGCCUAGCAAAUGCCCAAUUAGUGAUGCUCAGAAAAUUCAAUCUUUUAUAGAAUCAUAUGAGCUGGGAACUAGAAUUCUGAAAGACCUGCCGGAAUUAACAUGUUCUGUGUUUGAUGAGAAACUCAUGCCUGAGCAUCUAUUUCGUGUUUGUCUGGAAUAUCGACGAACUUCUGCAACAUCUCUUGCCUGCAGUAGUUAUAACGCCUACAAGGACCCAAAUCCUUCUGUGAUGUUUAAAAUGGUUGAGCCUUUAACUACACUUCAAGACAAAGUUAGAAAAUAUUUGGAGGAAUGGCCUGAUCAUCCAGGUCUUAUGAAAAUACUGGACACAAUUGCAUCCCUUUUAGCGAUGCCCCUGAGCACUCCGAUUUCGAAGGCCUUGCUUGGAUUGCAACUGCUGGCUGGGAAAGCUCAAACAUUGCAGGAAAAUGACACCAAGUUCUUUCUAAAAGACCAUCUUCCACCUAUAUUUUUGCUUGUGUAUUCAUGGCAAAGGCUUGAAUUAGAUUCGUGGCCUUUGCUGCUUGAGGAGGUCCAGGAAAAGUAUGAUAUGGAUGCUGUAAAAUUAUGGUUUCCAUUGCGAGCAUUACUUACUCAGACUAGUGGUAUGUCAAGUGAUGAGGACCUAUCUAUCAUCAGAAGUGUUGAAGAAUUUGUUCAAACAUCAAAUCUUGGAGAAUUCAAGAGACGCUUACAUCUUCUUCUUGCUUUCCAUGGUGAGAUUUCUGAUGGUGCUAGCGUGGGAGCUUAUUCAAGUACUACAAUGAAGAAAAUCCGGAACAUUCUGUACAAUGUGUUUGGCUACUACAUGCAGUUCUUGUCCCUUGUUCAUGAGAAAAUUGAAGCUGGUAAACGGACUAUCGAGGACGAUUUGAAAGAUCUGGUCAAGCUUUACAGCUGGGAGCAAGAAACAUAUAGGGCAGCUUCGAUUGACAAAUUUAAGAAGGCUAGGCAAAAGAUUUUUAGGCUUCUGCAGAAGUUCAAUAAUGAUACUUUGAGGAAGCCUGUCAUCGAUCUACUGAAUGAACAAGUCACAGCAAGGAAAGUUCCAUGUUGGCUUGAUCCUCAGAGGCCUGAAUCACAGUUUCCUGUUGACACAGAAAAAUUUAACAAAAGAUAUUCAUGGUACGACAAGUGGGCAAGUGAGACUUCCUUAUCGCUGCAAACUCUGCAGCAUACAAAUGUUGCUGGAGUUCCUACGGCCAAAGAAUACGCAGAUGUUGUACAGAGUGUGAACCACCGACGAGAUGAAAUUCAGCUCAAUGACAGAUUGAAAUUCUUUUGGGCCGCACUUGAGAGAAUAUGUGGGGCUGCUAGUUUUGCUAAUACACUGAAGCAUGGGAAAAAGAACCAGAAGAAAGCAGCUCUAUCCAAUCUGUUCAAAACUCUUGAGGAAUGCGGACUAACAAAGCACAGACCAAUGGGUCAUGAGUGGAGAGAUGAGCUUUCUGCACCAAAUUCAUUGUUUUUGGAGCAGUCGUAUGAUGCAACACAUUUACUCCAGCAAGUGAGCUUGCAGAAAGAGCUGGAAGAUGUUAGCGUUGUUCAUUGCACACUAUUGACCACAGAUAACUGGAAGCACACAAACCGUAAAUACUUUAACUGUUUGGCAAUGAUGCAACAACUUCGACAAGUUUCCUUGAAGUUCAACAAGGAUCUAGGUCUAGAGGAGGUUAACAGGGCCACAUCCUUUAUGAAUCAUCUGUUGACUAUCUUGUCUGAACAAAGGCAUUUUGCUUAUAAACUAUUUGAUCAGCUGAUCCAGCUUCAAAAUGCUAUUUUCUUAUUAGGUUCUGGAGGAGAGGGAUCUCUAUCAUCAUGCCAAAAUGUGCUGUUGAGUUCCAUAUGUCAGCAAAAGAAAUUGUUUGACAGCAUACUGACCGUGACCACGGACACCAACCUGUUGCUUAGAAGCUUUAAGGAUUGCCAUCAUACCUCUUGUAACAACUUUGAAGAAGUUGCUGUUUUGUCAACUCUUCUUGAAAAAUUUGUCUCGAGGUUUUCUGAGUCUAAGGAUUUAUUAGAUAAAUACUUGCUUGGAUCUAAUAAUAUGUUUGCUGGUGCACAUAAAAAUAUGCCUCUUGCUACAAGAGAGAUGGAGGAACUUUUUUCUCAGAAUUGCCAGCUUGUAGAUUUGUUAAGAGAAGAUAUGCAGGUUAUGCGCCAGCAGGAAAUUUCAAUGAGAUCCGUUAAGGAAGUUCUUAUCUCUCGUCUGGAAGAAUUGCUGGAUAAGGGCAAGAUGGCAAUGGAGAACCCCAGAGAAGUUGAUGACAAUCAUGGAAUAUGCUCUGAUGUCCUACCAGGGCUUGAAGCUUCAUAUGAAGGAAUUUUAGAGGAAACAAUCAUGCUAGCUGUUAGUGUUUUAGGAAAGUUAACUGAUCUUGAAAUAUGCAAUAAUGGAGCUGAAGAUUCACCAGGGGAGACUAUCACAUCAUGGAAAGAUGUUUUUCAGUCUUAUACCAUGAAUCUUAAAUUAAACCAUAUAUGUGAUGCCAGUGAAAAGCUUUGUAUUAGAGUGAAGAGACUGGUUGACCAUAAACCUGAGGUACGUUCCAGUAUAGAGGCCCACCUAAUGCAUCUUCAUGCUUGGCUGGGUGUAAUACUGUCAUCAGCAGAAGGGAUACUUUCUGAACUUUUAGAAGCACACAGAACAACUGCUGAAAUUACUGAUGCACUUGGGGACCUUUUCAUUUAUCUAUUUGGGGAGGGAUUUGGUUCCACAGAAGAUACAUCAGAAGAUGCUGAUGAUGAACAACAAGGUGCAAUAGAAACUGGAACUGGCUUGGGUGAUGGGGAUGGUGGAAAGAGUGUAAGCUCUAAAAUAGAUGAUCCAUCGCAAAUUGAGGACAUGGCGACGGAUGUUGCGCAAAAGCCAGAUCAAACUCCUAAAAAUGAUGAUGAAGCAGUUGAAAUGAAAGAGGACUUUCAUGCAGAAUUAUCUGAUGUUUCUGAGGAUCCUGAGGGCAAGGACUCAGGUAGUGAAGAUGAUGAGGAAGACAUGAACUUGGAUAGUCAGAUGGGUGAUACUGGUGAUUCAAGUGAAGUGGUUGGCAAGAAAUCCUGGGACAAGGAUGAAGAUGAUGAUCCCAAGACAUCAACCGAGAAAUAUGAUUCUGGUUCAUCAGUCAAAGGGACAGAGAAGAAUGAUAGGGAAUUGAGAGCUAAGGACGAUGGUUCUGUUGAAGAGGAAGAUCAUAUGGAAAUGGAUAACGAUGAGCAAGGCAAGAGUAAUGAUUUCGAAGAUGAACCCAUUACCAAUGAGGAAACUGAUCUGAAUACUGAGGAAGUCAUGGACAAAGCAGAUGCAUAUGAUGACCGUACAGGACCCGAAAUCCCUGAACCAGACAAUGAUUCCAAGGAUAUUGACAUGGAGAGACAAGAACCUGAUGAGGAAGAUGCUGACCAUGAAGACAUUGGUUCAGAAGAGGUGGAGCAAGGAGACCAGAGGUCAGAUGAUUCAGAUGAUAUGGAGUUGGGGGAUAUGGCACAGCAUGGUGAUAGGGGAGUAGACAAUGAAGGGGACCAUGUUGAAGAUGCAAACACAGAACCAAGUAACAUAGAUAAACAACAGUUGGAUAAUAUUGACUCACUUAAGCAUCCUUCACAAGGUCAGCCUGAGAAUAUGCAAGUAGAUAACAACAGAGAAUCUGAAGCAAAUUUGGCCAACAGCAGCGAUAUGAAUGGUGCAGUUGCUCCUUCAGUUAAUUUUUCAGGAAAUGAAGUGCCCAAUAUGGAAAUAUCUCUGCCAAAUUCUGGUGAUGAUUCAAGAUUAUCCAACUCCAAGCCUGAUGUGCAAAAUGAUGCUCCACAAUCGCACAUCAAGCAGGCAAAUCCUUUCAGGAGUAUUGGAGAUGCAAUGGAAGACUGGAAAGAACGAGCUAGAGUCUCGGCUGAUACCCAGGAUCAUCCACCAGACUCUGGUCAUCAUAGUGAUGAUGAGAACGCCACUCAGUUUCGUUAUGUCCCUGAGGGUGAGCAGAGCACCUCUCAGGCAUUGGGUGCUGCAACAGCUGAUCAGAUCAGUGAUGAUACUCAAAUUAAACAAUCUUUCAUGGACGAUGAAAGCCGUGUCAAGAAAUUAGAACAAAGUCAGGAGAGCACACCCGAUAACCCUGAGGUGCCUCAUAUUCAAGGUUCACAGGCACUUACCAGCAAGUCUGAAAAUGUAAACAAAUUAGAGGACCCAGAGAUUCAAACUGACACACCUGUUCAAGAUUUAGUUGAAGUCGGAAAAUAUAGCUCUUUCCAAAAUCUUGUUUCCUUCAAACGAUCCCUGGCAGAUGACAAAAUUGCUUCUGAUGACCUAACUGUUGACAUGGAAUUGUCUACUCAGAUGGAUAUGGACAUACCUGAUGCAGAGACGGAAAGGGCUAUUGUAGACUGGAAAAAUCUCGAACUGGCAACUAUGAAAUUGUCCCAGGAACUAGCUGAGCAAUUGCGACUGGUAAUGGAACCAACUCUUGCAAGUAAACUUCAAGGGGAUUAUAGAACUGGAAAGAGAAUAAACAUGAAGAAGGUUAUUCCAUAUAUUGCAAGUCAUUUCCGAAGGGACAAGAUAUGGUUGCGGCGAACUAAACCGAAUAAAAGGAAUUACCAAGUGGUUAUUGCCGUUGAUGAUUCACGAAGUAUGUCUGAGGGCAAAUGUGGAAAAGUUGCUAUUGAGGCAUUGGUCACAGUGUGCCGUGCUAUGUCCCAGCUUGAGGUUGGACAGUUUGCAGUUGCAAGUUUUGGAAAGAAGGGGAAUGUUAGAGUUUUACAUGAUUUUGAUCAUAUAUUCAAUAGUGAAGCUGGAGUCAACAUGAUCUCCAGUUUGUCCUUUGAGCAAGAUAACAAAAUUGAGGACCAACCAGUUUCUGAUCUCUUGACGCAUCUGAACACAAUGCUCGAUACCGCCGUGGCAAGGGCACGGACACCGUCAGGGCAAAAUCCACUGCAGCAACUGAUACUAAUCAUAUCUGAUGGCAAGUUCCAUGAAAAGCAGGAAAACUUGAGGCGCCAUGUCAGAGACGUGCUAAACCGAAAGAGGAUGGUCGCGUAUGUGCUCCUGGAUAGCCCUGAGGAUUCUAUUAUGAAUCUCCAGGAAGCAUGGUUUAAAGCAGGGGAGGAACUAAAACUAAAAAAAUACAUGGAUUCCUUUCCGUUCCCUUACUAUGUUAUGCUACAGAACAUUGAAGCGCUUCCUCGCACAUUGGCUGACUUGCUUAGACAGUGGUUUGAGCUUAUGCAGAGUGCUAACGAGUGAUCCUUUUGGGACGUCAACUAACAAAAUUUUGUAUCUGGGUGCCCUCCUCUGCCUGUCUGUAUGCGAAUUGAAGGUGUUGGGAUUCGCAAGCGUGAAACCCCUCCCCCCUUUUUUUUUUGCUUCGCCUCGGUAAUUCUUUUGAUUUUAGGCUGGAUUGUGUAAAAAGUAUACCACAGUUCCUUGUAAAUCGUUUGAUAAAUGUCAAAUAGAAUUACCACAGUUUUUUGUAAUUCGUUUGAUAAAUGUCAUAUAAUAUUAUUUUUAUCAAAAAAUAUAAUAUUCUUGCGCACGUGCUGUAUGCAUGUGCAAGUUGCAACCUA